AUGGCUCGAUAUAAGUCUGGUCAGUCAGUUCGAUACAAGCCGGUUGGCGGCCCUGACUCGCAAAACUCCGAAACUGUUGGUGUUAUCACUGACGUCUUGACGGAGCCUGGCAUUCAGGCCGAUCGAAAUGUCCGGGCCAGCCCUGAUUCUCCCCGAUACGAGAUUCAGAAUUCGAACACGGGCAAGGUCACUAUGGUCUACGAGGCAAACAUUCUCGGUCCAUCCUAG